AUGAAUGAGUUUGUGCCCCAAAGGUCAUCGGCUUAUAUUAGUCAAAAUGAUCUUCAUCUUGGUGAAUUGACUGUGAGAGAAACAUUAGCAUUUUCUGCAAGAUGUCAGGGUGUUGGAGCUCGACAUGAUCUGCUAAUGGAAUUAACAAGGAGGGAGAAGGAAGCAAAAAUAAUGCCCGAUCCUGAUCUUGAUACUUUCAUGAAGGCCUUGGGGGUUUCAGGACAGGAGAUAAAUGGAAUGACAGAUUACAUAAUCAAGAUAUUAGGACUGGAUGUUUGCGCAGAUACCAUGGUUGGAGAUGCUAUGAUAAGAGGUGUUUCCGGAGGGCAGAAAAAGCGCGUGACAACAGGGGAAAUGAUGGUUGGAGCAGCAAGGGUCUUUCUUAUGGAUGAGAUAUCAACUGGAUUGGAUAGUUCAACGACCUUCAACAUCGUGAAAUCAAUCUUGCACUCGAUUCACAUUCUCCGCGGAACUGCUGUUAUCUCACUGUUGCAACCAGCUCCAGAAACUUAUGAAUUAUUUGAUGACAUCAUUCUUCUAUCAGAAGGCCAUAUAGUAUAUCAGGGUCCCCGAGAAAAUGUACUAGAGUUCUUUGAAUCCAUGGGUUUCAAAUGUCCAGAAAGAAAAGGAGUUGCUGACUUCUUACAAGAGGUAACAUCUCAGAAAGAUCAAGAACAAUACUGGGCCAACAGGGAUAAGCCUUAUAGUUUUAUUCCUGCUGGAAGAUUUUCGGAAGUUUUCCAAUCUUUUCACGUUGGAAAGCAAAUUGGAGCUGAGCUUGCUGUUCCCUUUGACAAAUCAAAGAGUCAUCCUGCUGCGUUAACGACUGAGAAGUAUGGAGUUAGCAAAAAAGAACUUCUCAAAGCUUGCUUUUCAAGAGAGUUCUUGCUCAUGAAAAGAAAUUCAUUUGUGUAUGUAUUUGGAUUGAUCAAAAUCAUAUUCAUGGCGUUGAUUACAAUGACCGUGUUUCUGAGAACUAAGAUGCACAAGAACACAUCAAAUGAUGGCCAGAUAUUCAUGGGAGCUUUGUUUUUCACAACUGUAAUGAUUAUGUUCAAUGGGUUCUCAGAGCUUGCACUCACAAUUCUUCGGCUUCCUAUCUACUACAAACAACGGGACCUUCUCUUCUUCCCCGCUUGGGCUUAUGCUAUACCAACCUGGAUUUUGAGGAUCCCUAUAACACUUUUAGAAACUGGAAUUUGGGUUGCUAUGACAUAUUAUGUCAUAGGAUAUGAUUCAAAUGCCGGCAGGUUCUUCAGACAGUACCUUGUGCUGAUAUUUAUUAGCCAGAUGGCUUCAGCAUUAUUUCGCCUCAUGGCUUCCUUAGGGAGGAAUAUGGUUAUUGCAAACACAUUUGGAUCAUUUGCAUUAGUCGGGCUUCUUGCAUUAGGAGGCUUUGUUCUGUCCCACGAUAAUAUAAAGAAAUGGUGGAUUUGGGGCUACUGGAUUUCUCCCAUGAUGUAUGCACAGAAUGCGAUUUCUGUAAACGAAUUUCUAGGACAUAGUUGGAGACAUAUCAUUCCUGAAGCAGCAAGACCAUUAGGAGCUUUGGUUUUGAGGUCUCGUGGCAUCUUUGUAGAGGCUCGAUGGUAUUGGAUUGGAGCUGCUGCUCUAAUUGGAUACAUUUUAGUCUUCAAUUUCUUCUACAUUUUGGCUCUUACCUACCUGAAACCAUUAGAGAAGACACAGGCUGUCAUAUCUGAAGAAACUUUAGAAGAAAGGAUUUCUAGCAAGAACGUAAAUGCAUCAUCCAGAUCCAUGUCAUCUAGAGUAAGUACUGCUGAUGAAGAUGAACUAAACAAGAAAAAGGAAAUGGUCCUACCAUUUGAGCCAUUUGCAAUCACCUUUGAGGACAUAAGAUAUGCAGUAGAUAUGCCACAGGAAAUGAAAGCUGAAGGACUUAAAGAGGACAGGCUUGAGCUUUUGAAAGGUGUUAGUGGUUCUUUUAGGCCUGGAGUACUGACAGCACUCAUGGGUGUAAGUGGAGCUGGUAAGACAACUCUUAUGGAUGUCUUGGCUGGCAGAAAAACAGGUGGCUACAUCGAAGGAACCAUUACUAUAUCAGGGUACCCAAAGAAACAAGAGACUUUUGCUCGUAUAGCAGGAUACUGUGAACAAAAUGAUAUUCAUACUCCCCAUGUGACUGUAUAUGAGUCUUUGAAGUAUUCUGCCUGGCUUCGCCUGCCUGCUGAACUUGAUGCUGCAACAAGAGAGAGGUUUGUGGAAGAAGUCAUGGAACUUGUGGAACUGAAACAAUUGAGGGAAGCACUCGUUGGAUUGCCUGGAGUAAACGGGCUGUCAACUGAGCAGCGCAAGAGGUUAACGAUAGCUGUUGAGCUCGUGGCUAACCCUUCAAUCAUAUUCAUGGAUGAACCUACCUCUGGUCUAGAUGCCAGGGCUGCUGCAAUAGUGAUGAGAACAGUUAGAAAAACAGUGGAUACAGGUCGGACAGUUGUUUGCACGAUUCAUCAACCGAGCAUUGACAUAUUCGAUGCUUUUGAUGAGCUGGUGCUUUUAAAACGUGGAGGAGAAGAGAUAUAUGUUGGUCCUCUCGGCCAUCAUUGCAAUGAAUUAAUACAGUAUUUUGAGGGAAUCCGCGGAGUCGCUAAAAUUAGAGAUGGUUACAAUCCUGCCACUUGGAUGUUGGAAGUGUCCUCAGUUUCUCAAGAAGCAUCGCUAGGAGUCAGUUUCCCAGAAAUAUAUAAAAACUCGGACUUAUAUAGAAGGAAUAAAGCACUGAUUAAGGAACUAAGCACUCCUGCUCCAGGCUCCAAGGAAUUGCACUUCCAAACUCGUUACUCGCAGCCAUUUUUGGUUCAGUUUAUUGCUUGCCUAUGGAAGCAGCACUUAUCCUAUUGGCGGAAUCCUCAUUACACAGCAGUGAGGCUCUUGUUUACAACUGUAAUUGCUUUGAUGUUUGGAACAAUAUUUUGGAAACUCGGAUCCAAGAGGGAGAGACUCCAGGAUCUACUUAAUGCAAUGGGUUCUAUGUAUUCAGCCGUUUUAUUUAUGGGUAUUCAAAAUGCACAAUCAGUUCAGCCUGUUAUUGCCAUUGAGAGGACAGUUUUCUAUAGGGAAAGAGCAGCUGGAAUGUAUGCACCUUUAGCUUAUGCAUUUGGACAGUCAUUGGCUCUUCAAGGCCAAAAGUCCCAUGCUGCUACCGAUUAUGUUCUGAAGAUAUUGGGACUUGAUAUUUGCGCUGAUACUCUAGUUGGUGAUGCGAUGAUCCGUGGAAUUUCUGGAGGCCAAAGAAAGCGUGUCACAACUGGAGAAAUGCUAGUUGGACCUUCAAGGGCACUUUUCAUGGAUGAGAUUUCUACUGGCCUGGAUAGUUCAACAACUUUUCAGAUUGUGAAUGCGAUGAAACAAAUCAACCAUAUUCUCCAAGGAACUACUGUAAUAUCCCUCCUGCAACCUCCACCUGAGACUUAUGACUUAUUUGAUGAUAUAAUUCUCUUAUCAGAUGGUCAAAUAGUGUAUCAAGGUCCCCGUGACAACGUACUUGAAUUCUUUGAGUCCAUGGGUUUCAAAUGCCCUGAGAGAAAAGGAGUUGCUGAUUUCCUCCAAGAAGUAAUCCUUAAUCAAGAGCAGUACUGGUUUUGUCGAGAUGAACCUUACAAGUUUGUUUCUACUAGAGAAUUUUCAGAAGCAUUUCAAUCAUUCCAUGUUGGACGUAAACUCAGUGAUGAGCUUUCAGUUCCUUUUGACAAAUCCAAAGGACAUCCUUCAGCUCUAACAACUAAGAAAUACGGCAUUGGGAAGAUGGAGCUCCUGAAAGCUUGUGCUUCCAGAGAAUUAUUACUAAUGAAAAGAAAUUCAACAGUCCACAUAUUCAGGCUUGCACAACUCAUUUUCAUGGCGGUCAUUGUUAUGACUAUGUUUCUACGAACUGAGAUGCACAAAGGAACAGUUACGGAUGGUGGAAUUUAUAUGGGAGUUCUAUACUUUUCUACUGUUUCACUAAUGUUCUCGGGAAUGUCUGAAAUGGCACUAAGUAUUCUGAAACUACCUGUCUUCUAUAAGCAACGUGACCUUCUUUUUUACCCUGCUUGGGCAUAUGGUCUUCCCACAUGGAUACUCAAGAUCCCUAUCACUCUUAUUGAAGUUCCCAUUUGGGUCUGUUUGACCUAUUAUGUAGUUGGGUUUGAUCCUGAGGUUGGAAGGUUUUUUAGACAAGUGCUACUUCUCAUUUGCAUUCACCAGAUGGCUUCAGGACUGUUUCGUUUGAUGGCAGCAUUAGGCAGAGACAUGACUAUUACUAACACGUUUGGAUCGUUUGCAUUACUAGCAGUUCUUGUUUUGGGUGGAUUCAUUCUGUCAAGAGAUGACAUAAAAGCUUGGUGGAUCUGGGGUUACUGGAUCUCACCUCUGAUGUAUGGGCAGAAUGCCAUUGCUGUAAAUGAAUUUCUCGGGAAGAGUUGGAGACAUGUCCCUACUGGUGCCACGGAGCCACUUGGUGUAGUGGUCUUACGAUCUCGUGGCAUUUUCCCAGAAGCAAGGUGGUACUGGAUUGGAGUUGGAGCUCUGUUAGGAUUUAUGCUUCUUUUCAAUUUACUGAAUGUUUUGGCUCUGACUUAUCUUAAAGCUCUAGGAAAAAAUGAGGCUGUUCUCUCGGAAGAAAUGUUAAAAGAUGAAAAUGCAGGUAAAGAUAGAGAGCUUGACAUAUUGACAUCAACAGAAGGUAAGGAUGAUAGGAAAACCAUCUCAUCUAAAUCUGUCUCGCUGGAAAUAGGGAUUGGUGCUCAAUCUAAUUCCAACAGAAAGAAGGGGAUGGUGCUACCAUUUGAACCGCUUUGCAUGACCUAUGAGGACUUGAAAUAUGCAGUAGAUAUGCCAAAGGAAAUGAAAGCGCAUGGUAUUCCAGAGGACAGACUGGAGCUUUUGAAAGGUGUAAGUGGUGCUUUCAGGCCAGGAGUACUGACUGCAUUAAUGGGGGUUAGUGGGGCUGGAAAGACUACUCUGAUGGAUGUCUUGGCUGGUAGAAAAACUGGUGGAUACAUCGAAGGAACUAUAACAAUAUCAGGUUACCCGAAGAAACAAGAAACAUUUGCUCGUAUUGCUGGAUACUGCGAGCAGUUCGAUAUUCACUCUCCUCAUGUUACUGUAUGUGAGUCCUUGCAAUAUUCUGCUUGGCUCCGACUGCCACCCGAGGUUGAUGCUAAAAGUAGAAAGAUGUUUAUUGACGAAAUCAUGGAGCUUGUGGAGCUGACCCCAUUGCGAGAAGCACUAGUUGGAUUGCCUGGAAUCAAUGGUCUUUCAACUGAACAAAGAAAAAGGUUAACGAUUGCUGUGGAACUUGUAGCCAAUCCAUCCAUAAUUUUCAUGGAUGAGCCAACGUCAGGGCUGGAUGCUAGAGCAGCUGCCAUAGUUAUGAGAACAGUAAGAAACACAGUGGAUACAGGCCGAACAGUUGUUUGCACCAUUCAUCAGCCAAGCUUUGACAUCUUUGAUGCUUUUGAUGAAUUGGUACUCUUAAAGCGAGGAGGUGAAGAAAUAUAUGUUGGUCCAUUAGGAGGACAUUCUUCUCAGCUCAUUGACUACUUUCAGGGAAUCCCUGGAGUCAGUAAGAUCAAGGAUGGUUAUAACCCAGCGACUUGGAUGUUGGAGGUGACUUCUGUUGCCCAAGAAGCAGCUCUGGGAAUUGAUUUUGCAGAAUUUUAUAAAACUUCUGACCUGUAUAGGAAAAAUAAGGCUUUAAUUGAGGAGCUCAGUGUACCUGCCCCAGAUUCUAAAGAGUUACACUUUGCUACUCGGUAUUCCCAGUCCUUUUACAUCCAAUUUUUGGCUUGCCUAUGGAAACAACACUGGUCUUAUUGGCGGAAUCCAAGGUACUCAGCAGUGAGACUUUUCUACGCAACUUUCAUCGCCUUGAUGUUUGGAACCAUAUUCUGGGACCUUGGGUCAAAAAGGAGGAAGCAACAAGACCUUUUCAAUGCCAUGGGUUCCAUGUACGCAGCUGUGCUAUUCUUAGGAGUCCAAAAUUCUACAACAAUUCAACCUGUUGUUGCCAUUGAGAGAACAGUCUUUUACAGGGAAAAGGCUGCUGGGAUGUAUUCGGCUUUGCCAUACGCAUUUGCACAGAUAGCGAUUGAACUUCCUUACAUUUUUAUUCAAGCAGUCAGUUAUGGGAUUAUAGUUUACGCCAUGAUUGGAUUCGAAUGGACAGCAGCAAAGUUCUGUUGGUAUCUCUUUUUCAUGUAUAUGACCUUGUUAUACUACACCUUCUAUGGAAUGAUGGCGGUGGCAAUAACCCCCGACCCCAACAUUGCAUCCAUAUCGUCAUCAGCUUUUUACGCAAUAUGGAGCCUGUUUUCUGGAUUUGUAGUCCCUCGAACGAGAAUUCCAAUAUGGUGGAGGUGGUACUAUUACAUUUGCCCUGUCUCGUGGACAUUGUAUGGAUUAGUUACUUCACAGUUUGGAGAUGUCAAGGAAGAGCUUGAAACACAAGAAACAGUGGAGCACUUCUUGAUGAGUUACUUCGGAUUCAGACACGAGUUCUUGGGAUACGUUGCACUGAUUAUCACCGGAUUUGCAUUGCUUUUUGGUUUCAUUUUUGCCUUCUCAAUCAGGCAAUUCAACUACCAGAAAAGGUGAAGUGUCCCGAAAAGCGCCAACUUGCGGAAACUCUGAAUAUAUAAACAAAUGUGCUUGCCAUCUGAGUAAAUGUGUAACACACUAGGCGACCUGUGUAGGCUGUAGCCAUACAUUUUUUGAUCUUUUCAUUUUCUUUUUGGCCUAGAAAAACAUGGCAAAUCCUUACAAAAUAACAACUUUAUCAUAACAUAAUAACUAUAUAAAAAAUGCUUGAUACGUGUAAGUAUUUAUCAAAGAAAUACACUAUCCCAAAAUAUCAUGCAAUGAAAUGCAAGGAUGAACUCGGUAACAU